GUAUUUGUAUACAUAGUUACUUGUUUUCAAUUUGCAAUUUACCCCCGCCGUAUAGAAACAUGGAUUUUCAAAACAGACCCGGCGGUAAAACCGGCAGUGGGGGUGUCGCUUCAUGGUCGGAAACUAAUCGCGACCGCAAGGAGCGUCUUCGCCUACUUGCCUUGGAAACAAUCGACUUGAAUAAGGACCCUUAUUUUAUGAAAAAUCAUUUGGGUUCGUACGAGUGCAAGCUUUGUCUGACUCUUCAUAACAAUGAGGGCAGUUAUUUGGCCCAUACACAGGGUAAAAAGCAUCAAGAAAACUUGGCACGACGUGCUGCUAAAGAAGCCAAGGAAGCGCCAUAUGUGCUUGCGCCAGAAAAACCGCGUGUUGAACCGAAAAAGUUUGUAAAAAUAGGUCGCCCCGGUUAUAGAGUGACUAAACAACGUGACCCAAGCAAUGGUCAGCAAUCCUUACUUUUCCAAAUCGAUUACCCUGAAAUCACUGAUGGUAUCAUCCCACGUCAUCGGUUCAUGUCCGCUUAUGAACAAAAAAUUGAACCCCCGGAUCGUAAAUGGCAAUAUUUGCUCUUCGCCGCUGAGCCAUACGAGACCAUUGCAUUUAAAGUUCCGUCACGAGAAGUAGAAAAAACCGAGGGGAAAUUUUGGACACAUUGGAAUCGCGAUACGAAGCAGUUUUUCCUACAAUUUUCAUUUAAAUUCGAACCAAAAAUCAUCCCACCACCUCCACCACAAUUACAUCGUGCACUGGGCCCUGCUGGCGGUUUCCCGAUGCCUGGUCCACCACGUCCGCAUCACAUGUUCAAUGGUGUGCCACCGCCACCACCAAUGGGUGUGCUUCCUGUACCGCCGCCACCCAUGUGAGAGGAGGAAACAACUCCCGUCAGCAGUGGCAAUGGCUGAUUGCUGCGGAAGUUGUAUUAAAAUUAAAUUGCGGAUAAGAUUUCUAUAUAAAAAAGUGAACAUUUUGGUGUCAUAAAAGAUCAAAAAUACUGUAUUAAAAAUUAUAUAUGUAUGUACGCUGAUUAAUUCCAUCUCACACCAAUAGUCCUCAAAAUAUAAAACAGUUAUAAAAAAUUAAA